AUGGUCGCCGACAUCAACCAGCUUCCGCCUUACACACCGCCUCCCCCUACCAAGGAGGACUUGGACUACGUCGACCUUGUUAACAUUGAUCUCGCCAAAUUCGACGAUCCCGAGGGCCGCAAGCAGCUUGCUAAGGACCUUUACGAGGCCGCCACCGGCUACGGCUUCUUGACGCUCACCAAUCAUGGCAUUUCUGACGAGACCUACCAACGCCAGAUGCGCAUCGCCAACGCGGCAAUGACGCUGAAGCCCGAUGAGAAGGCCCCUUAUGAAGUUACUCCUGAAGAGGACGCCCGUGGUCUGUACGCAGGAUACAAGCCCGCCGGCCCUCUGGGCCACAAGGGCGGCUUCCCCAAGGCGCUUGAUCACUACAACAUGCUGGUCCACGACCCCAAGAACCGCGACCACCCCGAGAUCAUCCGCCCAUUCAUGGAGGAGACAUACGAGGUUAUGAGCUACAUCAGAACCAACAUCCUGGUGAAGCUUUUGAGGAUUGUUGCCGACAUUCUCCAAGUCCCCGAGGAGGCUGUGCUUUCGACCCAUGCCCCCGGAGGAUCUAAGACCGAGUAUCUCCGCUACAUGAUGUGCGAGCCUCGUACCAAGGAGGAGAGCGAGAAGUACCGCCAAAUCUUCCUGGCUGGCCACACUGACUGGGGCACCUGGACCUUCCUCUUCUCCCAGCCUGUCGCCGCUCUUCAGGUUCUCUGCCAUCACACUGGCCGCUACAGAUAUGUCAAGCACCAACCCCAUGGCAUCGUCGUCAAUUUCGGCGAGGCCCUCGAGCGCCUUACCGGCGGUCUCUUUAAGGCUACUAUCCACCGCGUCACGACCCCGCCCGAGGACCAGCGCCACCUCCGCCGUAUCGGUGUCAUCUACUUCUCCCGCCCUGCAGACGAGCGUGAGCUCGUUCCCAUCGAGAACUCUCCUCUUCUUCAGAAGAUGGGUACCGAUAAGCCCAUGGACGACCGUGUCUUCUGCAUGGCCGACUACCUCGAUGCCCGCAAGCACGGCUGGAAGCGAUACGACUUUGACAUGGACCGUCCUCGCGAGGAGGGCAAGCACCAGGACCCCUUCGACGGCGAGUACCCCGACCCCGAGGGCCACAAGAGUCUCGGAAAGUUCGACAACGUGCCCCGUCUUCAGUACAGCCUUCCGACUGUCAAGUCAACUUAG